AUGCCACGCUCCCCAUCGCAGCAGGAGAAAGCACAUCUACCUCGCCCCGCUGCCUUGGCAUGUAUCGAAUGCCGACGAAAGCAUCUCAAAUGUGACGCGAAAAUACCUGUUUGCUCCCGCUGUCACGAAGCAGGCUUCCGGUGCAGUUACUUGAAGUCUAAACGAGGGGGAAAACGGAAAUAUUCUCGGCCUGUUACAGAUCCCGAUGUGAGCGAUUCUUCGUCAGUGCAGCACCAGCAACAACAACCAUCGCCACAACGGCAGUGGAUGGAUACAUCGCCAGCAGCUACAUUAAUAUAUCUGAACCAGUCACGGCCAACGACUGCCAUUUUGUCCGCAGAUUUAGCAAAUCCGGAGAGUGUUGCUACCUCUGUUACUACUGCCAAUAUUCGCAAUCUUAAUACACGGCCACUAGUUGAUGUGCCGGUGUCUACGAGUACCGGUCAUGCUACCGGAAAUGCGGAUGUGAUAGCAUCGUCCUCACCUCAGUCAUUUUGCUCAUUACAGGAACAGCGAGUCACGCAAGACAGCGAUGGAGUACUUCGUGGGCCGGCGGAGGAAACGCUAGUUGAGCUUUAUUAUGAGAACUUCCACCGCUCCCAUCCCGUAUUAGUUCCCAAAAGGCUCUAUGAUGGUGGUCGACGAUAUCCAAGUUACUUGAGCGCUGUGAUACAGUAUAUUGGUAGCCAUUAUUCGGUCAUCUCCGCAGCUCCUUUGCGAGAACUAGCCGCGACUGAGCUGGCUCAAGUUACAGGCAGUGAAAACUCGCCACAAAUUGUCCAGGGUAGAUUACUUUACGCCAUUGCCUUGCAUGGCAACGGCGAGAUAACAGAGGCCCGAAACUGGCUUUACGAGGCUAUAGAAAUGGCCCUUGCAAUGGGUAUGAAUAAAAAAGAGCAGGGCAAUGACUUGGAAGCGGAGAGCAUGAGACGAACCUGGUGGGAGCUAUACGUUCUUGAUGGCUACCUAACAGCUCUCGAUCCAAGAGGUCCGUCCAGUUUUCGAAUGAGCUCGAUCAGCGGUGAUGUCGAGAUGCCUUGUGAGGAAAAUGUCUACGCUGAGGGUAGAGUACCCUUGCCGCUUCCCUCAUCACGUCAAGAACUCGAAGCGCGUAUUUUCGGGGAGGUAGACUCGGAAGAAACAACAAGUCUCUCUUCAUUUACGUACCGUGUCGAUGCAAUUGACCUGAUUGCUCGCGUCCUCGCUGUUCGUGACCCCAAUCGUGCGCAUCGCGAUAAAGCACAGGCAGUGGACAACACUCUGGCUAGCUGGGCGCACUAUCUGCCUUCUAACAAGACAGAUAUUGUGAACGCAUACGGCGAGAUAGAUGAAAUGCUACUGCAAGCGCAUAUGAUGGUACAAUUUGCUGCCAUCCUUCUGCACUUUCCACGCAGCAACUUGAUUCUCGACUUUUGUGCCGACCCUGAUGCAAAUGAAAAUACUACUAACGAAAACCUUCUAUGCGGACCAAUUUCACAUAAGCUGCCACCAUCGUCCACACGGCAUAUCCAUGGCAUUAAGGCUACAGAAGCUUCCAAACGGCUCUCAAACUUAUUUUCCAUUUGCACUUCCUUGCAAAAGCACAGUCCUUUGCUCAUAUUCGGAUUGUCUCUCUGCGGCGUCGUGCAAUGCUCUACCUUCAUUGCCCAUGUCCGAUUUGAUGGCGCCGGUAAAUGUCUGGAACAACACCGCGACCGUGUUCGACUUUUGAACGGGCUCUUGAAGUCAGCGAGCGAGACGUGGCCUCUCUCAAAAGUUUUUCACCAGAAAUUACGAAGAGUUGCUGCAAUUCUAUUUCAGGUCAGGCCCGUUGCUACAUCUGUGGCGGCGGCACCACCCGUAGCAGCCGCUCGACACGACGGAAACCGGGUUGCAUCUACUGAAUUUAACUCUGCCGUAGGAUUUGCGCCACACACGAAUGAUCUCGCAUUCCAGAUGGAGAAUGCAUGGAUGUCGAUUGAUGGUCAAUUCGGUUCGCCGGAAUUAGCUCCCUGGGUUUGGGGAUAAUUAGUCGAAGCUAUCUACCAACGUCAAAUGAAUGGAGGGUGAUUUCAAAGGGACGAGGGACGUGGCUAGAGACGAAACGAAGACGUAAUUAUUCGCAAUUUUGCAAAUUCAGGAGGUGAUCCUAUAGAC